UUUUAUCAGUGUAUUUAUCGAUUUAUAAUAACGAUCCUAAUAAAGGUGUCCGAAUGAAUCCGUGUGACGUAAAAUUAUGGGGAAGGAAGUAAAUAAACAUUGAAAAGCAUUUAGAUCAACUAAACGUCGAAUAUUACAAAAUGCGAUAUUUAAUGGUCUAAACUUACUUAAUGAAAUACGUCCAGAAUCCAUAUGGCUACCUGGUGGGAACAGACAAACUACACGGGAACGAGUUCUAUUAACAAGGAUGCUCCGAGAUUGCUUGUUGUUGCAUUUGACUUCGGAACAACAUACAGUGGAUAUGCUUUUUCAUUCCGGGAUGACCCGUUGAGAAUCCAAAGCAAUCAAGGAUGGAUUGCUGGCAGUGAUCAACUCAUCUCAUUGAAAACACCAACAUGCGUUCUUCUCAAUCAAAGACAAGAGUUUGACUCAUUUGGAUUUGAAGCUGAAAAUAAAUUUGCAGACCUUGCCGAAGACAAUAAGCACCAUGGUUGGCUUUUAUUUCGUAGGUUCAAAAUGAUCCUACACAAUAACGAGAACUUAUCAAGGUCAACUACCGUUGAAGAUAUUAAUGGAAAAUCAAUGCCUGCAUUGACUGUCUUUACAAUGGCAAUCAGAUAUCUAAAAGACCAUUUUCUCGAGGCUCUCAACAAACAGAAGACAGGAAUUGAAGACAAAGACAUACAAUAUGUUAUUACAGUGCCUGCAUUAUGGAAUGAUAAAGCCAAACAGUUUAUGCGGGAAGCAGCAGAAAAGGCUGGAAUAGCAAAGACACAACUAAAGUUGUCUUUCGAACCUGAAGCAGCCUCUAUAUGGUGCCAAACAAUCUCGACAGACAUAAAGGAAAGUCUCACUAGAUCAGGAAAACAGUACAUGGUCAUUGACCUUGGAGGUGGAACCGCAGAUAUAUCUGUCCAUGAAAAGCAAAUUGAUGACACUUUAAAAGAACUACAUAAAGCAAGCGGGGGACCCUGGGGUGGCACAAUUGUUGACGACAAUUUUAUAGAAUGGGUCACAAAAAUUAUCGGGAAAUCUACAAUGCAGAGAUUUAAAGAUGAGCAAAUGGAAGACUACUUCCAAUUGUUAAGAGAGUUUGAAAUAAAAAAGAGAAAUAUUAAAACCGAUUCAACGGGAAACAUAACAUUCAGACUGCCUGCAUCACUGAAAUACCUGUACCGAAAAGAUAAUAGGGAUACAUUGAAGGAUAGAAUUGUCGCAAUGGGAUUAUCUGACGUUGUAAAAUAUAACGGGGACAAACUGAGAGUGGACGCUUCGGUCAUUAAGCAGUGGUUUGAGCCUCCUAUUUACAACGUGAUUCAGCAUGUACAACAGAUUCUUUCAAAACCAAAUAUGCAAAAAGUCGAGACGAUUAUUUUGGUUGGCGGAUUUGGGGAGUGCAAAUAUGCCCAAGACAUUUUAAAGAAGGCAAUGCAUGACAGGAAAAUCUUUAUCCCAGAAGAGCCAGGUCUUGUUGUUCUCAAAGGUGCAGUACGUUUUGGACAUUUCCAAGAAAUUGUUCGCUCGAGAAUAAUGACCCACACGUACGGAAUUGGUGUCGUUGGCGAAUAUGAUGAGCAAGAAUAUCAAAAUGCAGGUGAAGUAUCUUUUCAUCGGGAUCGCAAUUUUGUUGAUAUUGUUGUAUUUGACAUAAUAAUAAGAGCUGGAGAUGAAACAAGUAUAGGGAAAGUCAUUACUAAAGGCCCAUACGUACCAUCCGCACUACAUACAACACAUUUUGUAAUCUACACCACAGAAACCUUUGAUCCAAAAUUUGUGACAGAUCAAGGCUGCAAACAAAUUGGAAUGCUUACUGUAUCACAUGCCAAUGGACGGUGCCAAGAUGACAACCCACUUAUGGCUUCGUUUAUAUUCGGAGAUACGGAACUGUAUGUGAAGGCUGUGAAUAUAAGAACGAAAGAAGAAUUUUCUACUUAUAUAGACUGUUUAUAAAAAGUGCUUGCAUGUAUCAAAUUAUCCUGUAAGACUAGGUUCCUUAUAUUGGUUGCAAUUAGCGAUUAUGGUCUGUAUUUAAAUAACAUUUUAAUUAACAUUGAAAAUGUAAUACCAUUUAUAUUAAAGGUAUACUAUGCUCAUCCUUGAGUAAAAUAU